CUCCCUCCCCCCCCCCCCCAUCUUUUGUGAUUUUUCUGUCUGCAAGCCGCAUUCUGGCUCUUUUCUUUCUGGUAUUAUGGGGGAAGAGCAGCCGCUUGUGCCUUUAACCAUUGCUUUUUAUCUCAGGCUAUAUAAGGUUCUUAAAGGAACUUGUAGAGGGAACAAUCAGGCCUGCAAGCUAAUGGUAGAUACCUUACGCAAAAUGCCCUGUGGCCGGACGUCUUUCUUUAAUGAAAAUACUAAAGGGAAUGCAGAAGAUUUGUUUUGUAUACAGAUAGGAUACAUGAAAACAUAACUAACAUUUUAGUGCUCUUAGAUUGCUGCACUUUUGGCAGCGUCACAAAUCAGAACAAUUAGUCCAAUUAAAGGAGGCUAAGCCUUUGAGGAGAGAGGCAAGAGGGCAAGCCAACAAAGAGGAUAAGCAGGAUACCAGUAAAUUAAGGAGCCUCGAUUCAAUUUUCCAAGGGUAGGGGCAGAGCUGGGUCAUUAAACCUCAGUGAAUUAUUUUGCUGUAGCAAAGCCUUGCUGUAUCUGGAUUUAUGAAGAGCUUCUGUACAUGUUGAUGAUCUGGAGUGUCUAAUGCAGUUAGUGAGAGCUGGCGCUACUGUAAAUACCUGUACAACACGUUUUGCCCAAACACCAGCCCAUAUUGCUGCUUUUGGAGGACAUCCUCAGUGCCUGAUCUGGUUGGUUCAAGCAGGGGCCAACAUAAACAAGCAGGAUUAUGUUGGUGAAACCCCUAUUCAUAAAGCAGCACGAUCUGGUAGUAUGGAUUCCAUAAGUGCCCUUGUAGCUCAUGGAGCUCAAAUAGACUUGAGAAAUGCCAGUGGACUGACAGCAGCAGAUCUUGCACAUACCCAGGGCUUCCAAGAGUGUGCCCAGUUUCUCUUGAACCUCCAGAACUGUCACCUGAACCGUUUCUUUAGCAAUGGCACGUUAAAUGGAGGUCCCAAUCCAGUCAAUGGUGGGACAAGUCGAAAGAGAUCCUUUGAAGAUGUGGAUUCUGCUGGAGUAAAGAAAGCUAGGACUGAAGCUCAUAACUUUGAUGGCUUAAUACCAAUGAUGAAUGGAGGAAAUGAGGAUGAUGCUGACAAUAUGCACAUUGAUAAAGAGUUUGCUGUUGUAUCAGAUAUGAAUAGCAGUAGCUCCGUUUUGAAUGCAUUGACAAAUGGAUGUACCAUCAAUGGACAUUUGGACUUCACCGCCAUAACACAGUUCAAUGGAAUGGAUGCCAGGCAUGAAGAAUGUUUAACAUUAAUACCUAAUGGAAUAACUCCUGAAGUAGCUUCUGCCAAUAGGCACAGAAUUCACACCAGUAACGGCACUGAAGAACCAGAAAAAGCCAUGAAUACUUCUGCCGAUAUGUGUGGUUCACUGCAUCUGAAUGGAAGCCCAAGUAGCUUUGUGUCUAACAGGCCAUCAUGGGUUGACGAUCUUGGAGAUACUUUGCACUAUGGGCAUUAUCAUGGUUUUGGGGAUACCGCUGAAAGCAUCCCUGAACUUAACAGUGUUGUUGAGCAUUCAAAUUCUGUUAAAGUUGAACAGAAAUACGAUAAUACUGUCUUAGGCACAAUGUAUCUUUAUCAUGGCUCCUAAAUCAGCAUCUUGUUUGUCAAAUUCAUGUUGAAAUUGCUAGCAAAUGUUUGAGAGGGACAAAAAAUCCUCACCUAGCAUUAAAUCUGAAGAAUGCAACUAUUACUAUUUUUACACUUUUGUUUAUAUAUAAAGUAAACCUUUCAUUUGACAGUCUUAUACUAUAGUUCUAAUUGGUUGCAUGUAUGGGGCUUAUUUAGUGAUGCAAGUAGGUGGUGUUACAAUGAAAUGUUUAUUCUUUGCAUUUUACUAUGGAAUGUUGUGGUUUUUUACUUUUAUUUUAUUUCCAAGCUAGUGAACACUAUCUUUCCCCUUUUUAAAAAAUGUUUUCCCUCUUAUUAAUAUGAUCAAACUGUAUUGAAUUUUGUGCAGAAAACAAGUUGUGUUUGUGCAUGCAUUACUCUUGAAGUAAAUGUUUUCCUUUUUUGUAUUUUCUGCUGAAGCUAUGGUAGCAACAUCAAUGCCAGCUGUCACUAUGCAAGGUUUGAAAAGUGUUGUUCUUAAAGGAGCUUCUCUGAUUUACAAAUUUGUGCAUUUAUUGAAUUGAAAGUUCAACUUUACUUUCUAUGACAAAUGAAAUGUUAAAAAUGCAAAGACAAAAAAGUUUGAAAAAUGUUUCACUUUAAUGUAGCAUAGGAAUUAUUUUCUUCAUUGUUAGGGCCCUUUGCAUUAUAGAAGUGGAAAAGCAGAUUACCCAUAUUUGGCUGCAAGGCAGGGUUGGUUCUGAUUUUUGGACUUUUUUAUUUUUCUUCUCUAUUUUAAGUGUGUGCUUGAUAUUUUACCAUAGCUCACAGCCUGGAGGCAUGUUGGCACUGUUUUUGCUUUUUAUGCAAUUUAAAAUUACUGCUACUUGUUAUAGAAAUCGUCAGGUCAAAAUAUUUGACUGAUUUUGAUAUACUGUACAUAUAUUUUGUUCGCUUUCUGUUUUUUACAACUGCUUUCUAAUGCUGUGUAUAUCUAGCCAGUUAAGAUUACUUUUAGGGCUAUGUUCACUGAAAAUACAUUGUAUUUAAAGCUUAUUACAAAAGUAAAAAUUCAUACAAGUGCUCUGUAAAAACAUUAAAUAAUGUAAGAUACUACUUUUGUGAUUUGAUAAAAGAACGGUGGGAGAAUAUAUUAAACAAAAGAAAGCCAGUAAGACCUUU